CUUGAAAUGAAAAUUAUUCCUUCUCCUACAAGGCACUGAAAUGUUGAAUAUACCAGGAUAUAUGACUAAACACAUGGCAGACAGAGACUGGAGAAAUCAAACAGCUGUCACAGAAUUCAUCCUCCUAGGAUUUGGGGAUCUCCCUGAACUGAAAAUUCUUCUCUUCCUGAUGUUCCUAGUGAUCUACAUGGCAACCGUUGCUGGGAACACCCUCACCGUGGUGCUCGUUGUGACUGAUCAGCAGCUUCACACCCCCAUGUACUUCUUCCUGGGCAACUUGUCCUGCUUGGAGACCUGCUACACCUCAACCAUCCUGCCCAGGAUGCUGGCCAGUUUCAUGACUGGGGACAAAACCAUCUCAUUCAGUGGCUGCUUCACACAAUUUUUUAUCUUUGGUUCUCUGGCAUGUACAGAAUGCUAUCUCCUAGCAGCGAUGUCUUAUGAUCGGUAUUUAGCAAUAUGUAAACCCCUGCACUAUUCAACUCUUAUGAAUACCAGGUUUUGCCUCCAGUUGGCUGCUGGGUCAUGGUUAAAUGGUUGUUUGGUUACUGUCGUCUUUGUCUUAUUCCUAUCACAGUUAACUUUCUGUGGCCCAAAUGAAAUUGACCAUUUCUAUUGUGAUGCCCUCCCUUUUAUGGAGCUCUCCUGCAGUGACACAAACUGGUUAGUAUUCUUCCAUUUCAGCCUAUCCUGUAUAUUCACCCUGCCUCCAUUCCUACUAACCCUGACAUCCUAUGUGUGUAUCAUUGCCAGCAUCCUGAGUAUCCCUUCCACCACUGGGAGACAAAAGGCCUUUUCCACCUGCUCCUCCCAUCUCAUUGUGGUGACAAUUUACUAUGGAACCCUAAUGAUUGUCUAUGUGCUUCCAAAACACAAUACAUUAAGCUUCCUGAACAAAGUGCUCUCUCUUUCCUACACAGUCAUGACUCCCCUGUUAAAUCCCCUCAUCUACAGCCUGAAAAACAGAGAGGUUAAGGAUGCCUUGAGCAAAGCAGUCAGUAAAUAUGUGGCUUUCACAAAAACAUGCUGA